AUGCACUGUUGCAAACAUACUGUUCUGCGCAGAGUAUGUCCUUCCCCCGCUCCUAGACUCUUCCGUUUCAAUCACAGCGAAGCAAGUGGCAACAACGCUCAGAAUCUUCAAACUCCUCCACGAACGACUCACUUUGGCUUCCGAACCGUACCGGAGGAGACAAAAGAAUCUCUUGUGAAGAAUGUCUUCGACUCUGUGGCCUCGUCAUACGACCUAAUGAACGAUGCAAUGUCGCUAGGCGUGCACCGUCUCUGGAAGGACGACUUUGUCUCUCAGCUAAAGCCGGGAUCGACAGGGCCCACGAAGUGCAUAGAUCUCGCAGGGGGGACCGGGGACAUUGCACUGCGCAUACUGGACUUUGCGCGGGAGCGUUACGCAGACAGAGAGACGAGCGUAGACGUCGUGGACAUUAACGGAGAGAUGCUGAAGGAGGGGCACAAGCGAUUCAAAAAGACAAUGUAUCAUAACACACCACAAAUUGCCUUCAUCGAGGCCAACGCUCAGGAGCUGCCCGAGUCGCAGUUUCCUUCCAAUGCAUACGAUCUUUAUACUAUCGCCUUUGGCAUUCGUAAUUGCACGUCCGUUCCGGACGUCCUCAAGGAGGCUUAUCGGGUACUUAAACCUGGCGGUACUUUUGCAUGCUUGGAAUUCAGCAAAGUGAACAAUCCACUGUUCAACGCCGUCUACGAUCAGUACUCUUUCUCGAUUAUUCCUCUGCUUGGUACCAUCUUGGCUGGAGAUAGGGAGUCCUACCAAUAUCUCGUCGAGUCAAUCCGAAAAUUCCCUUCUCAACCAGACUUUGUGGCGAUGAUUGCAGAUGCUGGGUUCGCGACCGGUGGCAAUCAUGAGGGUAAGGGUGGUGCUUGGCGAGACUUGUGGGGCGGUAUUGCCGCCAUACAUACAGGUGUCAAGGUCUGA